AUGGAUUCCUUCUGUCAUCCUAGACUUCGGAUAACCAGAAAAACAGACGGAUCAAUUUAUAGAGGGCAUUCAAACUUUAUGCGCACUGGGGAUACCCAAAGUACGCCACAUUCUCCUUGGUUGUUCAUCCAGCUACAUCCAGAAUAACUUUUCGGGCACCACCUCCUCGCAGGAAUCGCAUAAUCAAAGUCCGCUCGACUCUUCGCAGCCAUCACCAUGCAGUGCCGUAUCCCAUUCCUCUCGCUCCUCCCAGCGCCUACUAUUCGAGUCCUAAGGCACGAGUAUCUCGUCGAUACCCUUUUAACCCUGGCCCCGACAAGAAGCGCACCCAGCGGCUCGACACGAACCUCUUCCCAUGUCGCCAAUAGUACCGACCUGACCUUCCGAACAUCAGCUCCCCUUCUGAUCAAUAUGACCGAUAAAAUCACCGACACGCUCGUAUGACACGCAGCCUUGCGGGAAGUCAACGAGUACGCGUCGCUGUGCGAGUGGCAUGUGGAAUCGGUGCCGUAUUUCAAAACCAACGCGCCAGCCUUCGAAUGCUGGGUCCCGAUGCCUCCCCCCUACUUGUGUCUAUAACACUGCCGCUGUGGACGAGCCUGCAGAAUAAAAGCAUCGCGGCCGUGGAUCAGGCUAUAUUUAUAUCCCAAUCGUGUUGGAGCAUGUAAUCGUACGUGGGAAUGCAACGUCUCUCAAAGGCGGGCUAGGGUUUGUGGAAGUUGCACCUGCAGCCGCGUGUGAGGAAGG